CAAGAAGAGAGACGCCCCUUUUUUUUGCAUACCUCAACGCAAACGGAGUCCUAGGAAAGCCACAUCGCGCCUACUGAUACGCUAAAUGUACAGUGAAGACAGUACACAGCAUCUGUAAAGACCAGCCUCACACUUCCUCGGACCCCCCUGGUAGAAAGUCACAGCAGACAUGACUUCGAGACACAGAAACAAGAACAAUUCAAGCGAAAAGACUGCUUCAUCCAGCCAAGAUGACGUGGCGAAGAAAAGUCCGAAACCUAGUAGUAAUGGGGUUAGUAGCCCCCCAAACCAGGUGUCGGGGUCGGGGACUUCGGUCAAACUUAUAGCUGCUUUAUGUUAUAUCGCAUUAGUAGCCGCUGCGGGCUUUUCUGCUAUUUAUCUACAACAAGUGUUGAAAGAAGUCCAUCAAAUCAGCACCAGAAAUGAAGAGACCGUACGGAAAAAUGCAGAGGUUGCGCGUAAAGUAGAGAAUGUUCUUCAACAGGUAAGCAAUGCAAUCGAUAUAGGACAAACCACUAGCCAUUUAUUUCGAUGUUAAUGAAAAGGUCGCAAGUUAAGGCAGACUGUUGAAGAUUGCAAACCACGACUAGAUAGGAUGAACAUAUAGACUACAGAGAGGAAAUGGACUCCCCCCCUCCACCAAAAGCUUGAUGAGCUGGCACAAGAAAAGUACAGAUGUAAUCACUGCUAUUCUUUCCUAGAGAGAGAGUACUGGCAUUGCAAAAAAAAAAUCCAGGUUCAUGGAUAUACUACAUCCUUUAUAAUCAAAAGGGAAGUUAUAUUUCUAUAGAAUUGAGGAAUGCAUUGGUAUAAUGUAUGCAAAUUGCACCCCAUAAAUUCCCUUUAAUUUUUAUCCAGCUAGCUAUGUUCCUGUAUUAAUUAAUUCAGUCAAUCAGUUAUUCAUUCACUUCUUUUCAAGCGGUCAUGUAACUUCACUUAACUCCAGUUUGAACUGGAUGCUUACAAAUAUAUAUAUAUAUAUUUUUUUUUUAGCUGCAUAUGUAGGUCUACUCCACAGGCUGAACAACAGCUGAGUUAUGUAACAAAGCAACGUAACCUACUCAUAAGUUACUGUAACUAGGUAAACGUGGUAAAGAAACCCCCCCCAGGGAAAAACAUUAGCUAAGAACACACAUUCUACAAGUAAAUCCUGAAACAUGCAUUGCAGAGUCUCCUAUAGGUAAACUUCCUAUGUGAGGCUGUGUCAACUAUUGUUGUAUAAAGCUAUUUGAUUAAUUGUGUCUUUGACUGCAAGCUAUAAAGUCUAUUUUAAUAACUACCUAGCCAAACAACUCUUUUGUCAGGCAAAUUACUGGUCAGGGAUAGGCUCUUCCAUCCUUAGCCAACUUUCUUGGUAUGUACUGUACCUGUGUUUUCAGACAAGUACAUCUUCAUCACAGGUGUGACUAUACAGAUGUACAGCUUUAAACCUGUUUUAUACAAUUUAAUAGUAGUAAUAGUGUUAUAUAAUAAUAUAAUGUGGUUAUUAUAUUAUUUAUGCAUACAUACAGUAUUGAUAGUAGGGAUGUGACAGAUUGUAAGGAUUUGACAGAUUAAUCAUUAAAGACUAAUCGAAUAAUCAUUGUGGCCCUAAUCUGUAUUGAUGACCAAUGGUUGACCAACACUGAGUGUACCAAACAUUAAAAACACCUUCCUAAUAUUGAGUUGCACCCCCCCCCCCCCCCCCCCCCCUGUUUUGUAAAUUCAGUGUAUGAUUCCCUGUCUGUGGUUGUGUAGGUGGACAGCGUAAGGGGCUCUGUGGACGGGUUGGAGUCGGCGCUGGGCACCAUGCGGGCAGAGCAGGAGGCGGGGAGCCGGGCGGUGAGGAAGGGUGAGGCGGAGACACGGCGCGUGGAGGAGGCUCUUCAGAGGCUCCAGAACGAACUGCUGGUCGACCUCUCAGAAGGCAUCAAGGAGGUGAAGGAGGCCAGAGAGCGGGACUUCUCUUCCCUGGAGAAGACGGUGGAGGAGCGCCUGGCUGAGUUGAGUGCCUCCAUCGCGGCCAGCGUGACCGAGUUCACCGAGGCCCAGGGCGAGACUCAAAGUCAGCUGGCUGACCUCAAAGCCCGUCUGGACGACAUGGAGGACCCGGCGCUGAUCAGGCAGGAACUGUCCGCCAUUGUCGACACCGUCGCCGGGCUCAGCGCCACUAAGCAGGCUGCCGAUGAGUCUGCCUAUUCACUGAGGGAGCAGAUCACUACGGUGGGGGCGGAGCUCCAGACCCGUAACCAAGAAAUAGCCUCGAUGUCGCAGGAAGUGGAGGCGGUGAGAUUGCUGGUGCAGGAAACGGCGGGGAGCCUGCGGCAGCAGGUGUCAGGGGCAGAGGCGGGCAUCCAGGGGUUGACAGAUCAGGGCCAGAACCUGCAGAGCGGGCUGGAGCUGGCCACCGAAGCUCUACACAGUCUGGAGAAGGAACUGCGGGGGGAGUCGGCCAGGGCUGAGCAGAGGUCCGACGGUCUGGAGGUCCGACUAAAAGUGGCGGAGGACGGUGGAGACUCCUUGGCGGCGUCGCUAACAGGCCUGACUUCCAAGGUCGAGGCCCUUCUCGCCAAGUACGAUCCACGAGAGCACGCUAGCCGCCAGGCACGGCAGCCGAAAGGCCCGGCACCUCGGGACUAG